GGAAAGAAGAAGACAAAUUACGCAAACGAACUAGCCCUUGCACUGCACUCCGCUUCUUCACCGGCCGCCUGCCUUCCCAGCUUCCGUCCCCAUCGACGCCACAGCCUACACCUCGCCGGCAAGGAGCUUGACCUACGCAAAAAUCACUGAACGGAGAUCUACGCCCGCGUUCCUCCUGUAAAGAUGGAUCCCGCCCUGCUGCUGCUUCUCUCCAACCUCCUGCAGCUCCAAUCCCAACUCGACCCGGCCGCCUCUCUACUCUCCUCUCCUCCUUCCUCCCCCUCCUCCCUCCUUUCCUCCUCCUCGUCCCCCAUCCUCUUCUUUGCCCUCACCUCCAUCCUCUCCUACGCAUCCUCGACCUCCUCACCUUCCUUACCUCGCCCCAGCCGCCGCCGCCGCCGCCGCCGUCGUUCUUCUUCUUCAUCGUCACCUUCCCCUCUUCCUCUCCCCCCUCCGCUUUCUUCUUCUUCACUUAUCCUCACCCUCCCUUCCGACCGCAGCAUCUUCUCCAUGGAUCCUUCCGCCCGCGAUGCCCGCUUCCGAUCACUUUACGGCCUUUCCUACCCAGUCUUCGCCUCUCUCCUCGACCAACUGCUCCCUCUCCUUCCCUCCCUCUCCCUCCCGCUUCCUCCUGACCAAACCCUAGCUCUCGCCCUCUCCCGCCUCUCCCGCGGCAUCUCCUCUCGUGCUCUCUCUCGCCUGCUUCAUCGCCCUAUCUCCCCUUCUCUUAUCUCCCGCGUCACUCAUGCCCUAACCCGCCUUCUCUCCACCCGUGUCUACCGCGAUUACGUCAAGCUCCCAUCUCACCAUCGCCUAGUCCAGUCCACCUCUGCCUUCCGCGAUAUCUCUUCCCUUCCCAACCUUGCCGCCACCAUCGCUUCUUCCCCUGUUCGCCUUCGUGAUUCCACCGACCCCUCCCUUCGCUCCCCCUACCGCCCUUUUCCUUCUAUUCUGCUCCAAGUAGUUGCGGAUCACCGCAAGGUCUUCCUCGACGCAUGCGUUCGUGCCCCUGGAUCAUCCGAUCCCGCGUCACAUCUACGAGACUCCUCCCUUUAUGGCCGCCUUUGCCAUUCUGAUGCCUUUCGCGACCCUUCGAUCCAAGUAGGCGGCCACAUCGUCCGCCCUUUCAUAGCUGGUGAUUCAUCCUUUCCACUCCUCCCCUUCCUCAUCACCCCGUUCUCCUCCGUUUCCCCUUCUUCUGAUGCUGCACCAUCUGCAGCCGCCCAGGAGGCCUUUGACGCAGCUCUUGCUAAGGCCAGUGCUGCCUCGGUUGAGCCUGCUGUCGCGCUUCUCAAAGGAAGGUGGAAGAUACUAAGGAACCUCAAUAUAGGGCUGGACCAUGCCGCCCAAACGGUGGUUGCAUGCGUCGUGCUGCACAACUUCUGCCAGAUUGCCGGGGAGCCCGAAGAUGACGGGAAGUACCUGUGGCGAGAUCCGCCAGAGAGCCCACAACCAGCUCGGCCUGUGGAUAAUGAGGGAGCUUUGUACUAUGCAGGGGAGACGGUGAGGCAGGCGCUCGCUGAGGAACUUUUUGAAAGGCAGCAGCACCUCUCAGAUGGGACUCCGUCGAGGUAAUUUUGUACUUGUUUAUAGGCCGUGGCUAUGAUUAGUUUGCAGAGAAGAGGUGAGUGGCGAUUGUUCUUGAACUGAUUUUGGCCAUCUGGGAAUUGAACUAAAGAUUCUUCAUUUGCCUUCCUGCAUUAUAAUCUUGAGGAGGGUUUUAUUUUCAGUUUUUUUUGUUGUUGUUGUAGAAGUGUAGAAUGUUAUUUUUAACGUUGCUGAUACCUUGUAAAAAAUUACGGUAACCCAUGAGUGAAAUUGUAAGAUUAUUUGUGCCCUUCAAAUGAAAUCACUGCUUGCUUCUUAUCAACUCUUGACAUUCAGUUCUUCCUCUUUA